ACCAGGGCUCACUAUAGCUAGCCCAUCUUGCGGACGGUAACCCCGUUCACUCCGAGGGUUAUGUCGAUUCCGCUGCCGGCAAACUUCCGGCCGUGGAAGAUCAAGGCCUACAAGGGGACGACGGACCCCCAAGAUCAUUUGUCUAAGUUCUAUGCUUCUAUGGAAGCGGCGGCAGCCCCGGACGAGGUCAAGUGCCGAUGCUUUCUCGCGACGCUGGAGGGCUCCGCAUGCGAUUGGUUCAACCGGCUCCCGAGGGGAACCAUUGACGAUUGGGAUACACUAGCGGAGAAGUUCUUGACGCAUUUCGCGGCCAACCAAAGACAGAGGCUACCUUACUCCCACCUGCUCAACAUCUGCAUCCGCAAAGGAGAGAAGAUCCGCGACUUCAUAACCCGGUGGGAGAAGGAAGCCAGAGACGUGCAUGGGGCGGAUGACCAAGCUUUGGUGGCCAUGUUCCAAGCAGCCCUUCCCCGCGGUGAGGUGAGGAAGGAGCUCCGCAAGAAUCCUCCCCCCACGUACCAAGAAACCUUGGCGCGCGCUAAGUUCUUGGCCUCGGAGGAGUUCGAUGAUGCCCCUGACUCCGAGGCCGCGCCGGCCAAGCGAGCUCCCGCAGAUUCAGAGGAGAUAUUGAAGAAGAGGAAAAAGAAGAAAGACUACACCGUGGGCCCGAGGACGCCCUCGGCGGGUGUGUACUCUGUGGGCGCGCCCGCGGGGACGGGUCGAGAGCUGGCCCUCUCCCCGCUCCCGCACGUAGAAACCUAUGCGGUGUCCAUCGGUGCCAAGUACUGCGAUUAUCACCGCAACAGCACUCAUAACACUAAGGAAUGCUUCACUCUCCAGAAGGAGAUGCAGCGACUCAUCGCCCGAGGGCCGGCUCCGCGAGACGAUGGAGCAGCUCCUUCCCGGGGUCCGCCAGAAGGAAGAACGUGGAGGAAGCCGACCGAGCCGGUAGCGGUGGCCACGCAUGCGAGGAACCCCGAGAAGAGGCACAUUGGGCAAGAGUGUGAUGACCUAGACGAGGACGAAGCCCAAGGAUAUCCAGUGGGAUUCAUCCACGGAGGAAAUAUCGGCGGGGACUCCGCCGCUCAAAGGAAGAGGUGGAAGCACAUGGCCUUCGUCGCCAACGUCCAACAGGCGCCGGCGCCCAAGCUCAGAAGACGAGAGCAAAUCCAAUUCACGGAGAAGGAUCUUCCGAACACGCCGAGCCCUCACCGGGAUGCCUUAGUUGUGAGGAUAGAGAUCAACAACGCCAUAGUGCACCGCACCUUGGUGGACACGGGAAGCUCGGUCAACAUAAUGUAUGAGAAGACCUUUCAAGACCUCGGCUUGGACCGCAAAGACUUAAGGCCCGUGCGCACUCCUCUCUCCGGGUUCACGGGGGACUCCAUCGAGGCCGAAGGAGUCAUCACCGUGCCCGUGAUAGUAGGGGAUGGUGCGCACAAGGCCAAGUUGAAGAUGGAGUUCAUGGUUGUGAGCAUCAGUUGCGCGCACAACAUGAUCCUAGGACGGCCCGGCCUUGAGGACUUAGAAUGUGUGAUCUCCCCAUACUACUUGUGCAUGAAGUUCCCCACUCCUUCGGGAAUCGGGGUGGCGAGGGGAGAACAAAAGUUAGCUCGAUCGUGCUAUGUCCGAAUCACAAAGAAGUUGCCAAGAGAUGAGACGUUGGUCGUGCACGCGCAGGAGGAAAUGCGGAAGCUGGAAGCACGGCCGAAGGCCGAGCCCGCUGAGGAGGUCGAGGAAGUGCCGCUCGACCCACAGAUACCCGAGCGGAAGGUUAAGAUCGGGGCGAGCCUAACGAGGGGCCAGCGGAAGCGCUUGGUGGACGUGCUCGCCGCCUACCGCGUGAUCUUCGCGUGGGGACCCGGGGAUAUGUCGGGGGUGGACCCCAAAGUCAUAUGUCACCGCUUGGCAGUCAACCCGGAGUCUAGGCCGGUGAAGCAGAAGAAGCGGUUCCUCUCAUCCGAGCGGAGGGAGUUUGUCUCCAAGGAGGUGGCCACCCUCCAGAGCAUUGGGCAUAUCAGGGAGGAAGAAGAACAGGUUCCUAUCAUCAAGAAGACCAUGGCACUCAAAAUUGAUGACCAUCCGGAAAGCGAAGGAGAAAGUGAUGAGGAGCUUGCCAUGUUCAAGAGAUACAAGAAGUUUAUGAAAUGGAACAAGGGCGAAUCCUCAAAAAGAUUUCCAUCAAAGAAAGCGUGGCUGCAUUUCCAAAGCUUCACCGCCGGAAAUCUAGAUCAUGGCCGGAAGAACAUUCCAAGCCGGUGUAUCCAAGGACAAUCUACUACACGUCCUCCAUUCUUUGAUGGUACAAAUUAUGCAUAUUGGAAGGAAAGAAUGAGGAUAUUCAUACAAUCAAAUGACUUCGACUCAUGGAUGGUAAUCAAGCAUGGAAACACUACCCCUGCAAAUAUUGUUGAUGGAAUUCGUGUUCCCAAGUUGGAAUCCGAAUAUGAUGAUCAAGACAAGAAGAACGUCAUGCAAAAUGCCAAAGCCAUCAACUAUCUUUAUUGUGCUGUGAACCCUGAUGAUUAUAGGAAGAUAUCAAGAUACAAAUCCGCCAAUGAGAUGUGGACUAAACUCGAAGUCACUUAUGAAGGUACAUCUCAAGUUAAAGAUGCUAAAGUUGACAUCUUAUUGCAUGAAUAUGAAUUAUUCUCAAUGAAGGAAAAUGAAAGCAUUGAUAGUUAUUUUGAGAGAUUCUCUACAAUCAUCAACAAUCUUAACACGCUCGGAAAGUAUUACACCGAUCAUGAGCUUGUCCGGAAAAUUCUGCGUUGUAUGACUUCUGAGUGGAAAUCCGAGGUGAACGCCAUAACUGAAGGAAGGGACUACAAUGUCUUAACUUAUGAUACUCUUCGUGGGAAACUACUCACAUAUGAAACUACUACUCCUCAUCUACGUGGUGAAGACAAAAGGAGGAAAUCUAUAGCAUUGAAAGCCACCAAGGAAGUUGUAGAGGAAAAUGAAGAAGAUGAUGAUGAAUCACUUAAUUUAGAAGAUAAUCCCGAACUUGCUCUUGUCAUCAAACGCUUCAACAAAUUUAUCAAGAAAAGCUUCAAGCCAAGGAGAGACAAUAGCAAGAAAGCUACACCACCUAAAUGCUAUGAAUGUGGAGAGAUAGGGCACAUCAAGCCUUAUUGUCCUAAGUUGAAGCAAGGGAAGGACAAGAAGUUCAAGAAGAAGCAAAAAGCAUACAUCUCAUGGGAGAGUGAUCAUUCAUCUUCCGAAACAAGUGAUGAGGACGAAGAACAGCAAAUCUUUGUCUAAUGGCUACCGAGGAAGAGGUAUCUUCUAAUUCUUUUUCAACUCCUUUAUCGUCUUCAAGUAAUUGUUUUUCAUUGGAUGAGUUACAUAGUGCAUUUAGUGAUCUUUAUGGUGAAUUUAUCAAUUCCACCAAAGAAGCUAAAUUUGCCAAGGAAAAUGUCACCUCUCUUGAAGCAAAAAUAAUCGAACUUAAUAAAGAGAUGGAAUUAUU